AAAGAAAAAGAAAGGAAAUAGAGAGCCCAAUUUCCAGUUGUUGGAUCGUCCACACUCCGGCGACCCGCUCCCUCCAAUAGGCAAGUUCGGUUUGUUGUAUUUCUAAAGCUUCCGAAAGAGGAAAGGCUCAUCAAAUUCGCCAAAGUCGAAGUAGCUCAGAGGACGAUGUUGUUGAAGAGAUUCCGUAGCUGGAAUGAGUUUUCUCAAAGGUGUAGUUGACUAUAUUGGGUCGAUCUUCUCAGAAACGAGCUCAAUUCACGAUUCGCCGCAGAACCGGAGCCACGAGGGUGCUUCGACCAUGGACAGCGUUAAUGGAGUUCCUGUUUCGAACGAGCGAUAUGCUUCCAAGUUCAAAGGGUACUUUAAUUUGUCGCAGGAGGAGAUAGCCAAGGCCGUCAGGGCAGAGGAGUGGGGCAUAAUCGACGAUGCGAUCCUGCACUACCAGAAUGCUAACCGCAUUCUGACUGAGGCCAGUUCAACCGCUGUGCCUUCGUUUAUCAGUUCCAGCGAACAAGAAAAGGUGAAAUCUUAUAGACAAAAAAUCUCAAAGUGGCAAAGUCAAGUUUCUGAUAGAUUAGCAACUCUAAGUAUUCGAGCAGGUGUUACAUCGUCAAACAAGAGCUCCUUGAAUCAUGUGCAAAGAGCUGGAAACGCUUCAAAAAUGCCAAACAAAAAGCCAGUGUUAAGGAGCUCUUCUCACAGUGGUGCAAAUAAUUCAAUAACAAGAAGUCAACCGGCUAAUGUUGGAACUUCACAAUCUACUCGGGAAGUUCCCGAUGGAUAUGAUCCAAAAUUGGUUGAAAUGAUAAACACUGCUAUAGUGGAUCGAAGUCCUUCUGUAAAAUGGGAUGAUAUUGCUGGACUUCAGAAGGCAAAGCAAGCUUUACUGGAGAUGGUUAUUUUGCCCACAAAGAGAAGAGAUUUAUUUACUGGUCUUCGAAAGCCAGCUAGAGGUCUUCUUCUCUUUGGUCCACCUGGUAAUGGGAAGACUAUGCUUGCUAAAGCUGUAGCUUCAGAAUCAGAAGCCACUUUUUUUAACUUGUCAGCCGCAUCCUUCACAUCAAAAUGGUUAGGAGAAAGUGAAAAGCUUGUACGGACUCUCUUCAUGGUAGCUAAGUCCAGGCAGCCCUCCGUAAUUUUCAUGGAUGAAAUUGAUAGUGUUAUGUCGUCGAGACAUGCUGGUGAACAUGAAGCUAGCAGGAGGUUGAAGUCUGAGUUUCUUGUACAGUUUGACGGCGUAACGUCCAAUUCUACUGAUCUUGUAAUCGUUAUUGGUGCAACUAAUAAGCCCCAAGAAUUGGAUGAUGCAGUUCUUAGGAGAUUGGUGAAGAGAAUUUACAUUCCCUUGCCAGAUGAAAACGGUAGAAGACUUCUUCUCAAGCACAACCUCAAGGGACAGUCAUAUUCUCUACCAACUAGAGAUCUAGAAAGACUAGUUAAACAGACUGAAGGAUAUUCUGGAAGUGAUCUACAAGCCUUGUGCGAGGAAGCUGCAAUGAUGCCAAUUAGGGAGCUAGGUGGAAACAUUCUCACAGUAAAAGCAGAUCAGAUAAGAUCAUUAAAGUAUGAAGAUUUCCAGGAGGCAAUGAAGGUCAUUAGACCCAGUUUAAGCAAAAGCAGUUGGAAGGAGCUUGAAGAAUGGAACCAGAGUUUUGGAUCCAAUUAGAUAUGCAAACAUUAUGUAUUCUUUUGGAGACGACUGUUGUGAAGAGAACCCUUCGCCACUAUGUAUUAUAUUGUACAGACUUAAUUCCGAUACCAACUUCUAGAUAGUUCUAUUUUUUGGUUUCUUGUUUGAGAUGGCCAAAAUCAUAUGAGAAUAAUCUGUAUUUAGAAAACAAAAUCAAUGAAAUGACUAUUCAAGCUUAGUUUAAUAAACAAGACAACCAUUGAUAGUU